ACCUCUGGCGGAACGUCUGCAGAGCCAAUUCGAUUUCUCAUCUGUACAGUCUCCUUCCGAUCCUCUCUACAACUAUCAGUGGUACCUGAAAAAUACUGGUCAAGCGGGUGGCAAGGCACGUCUCGACCUAAACGUUGAGAAGGUACGAGUUUAUUUGUUCCGGCUGGAAUCAUUGUUUUAG